CGAAAAGUACCGUGAAACUCUUCAGGAAUUCGAAGUAUACGAUUUACAAUUCCUUCUACGAGAGAACUAUUUACAAAAAGGAAGAUUAUUUGGUUCCUACAAUACUAAACCAAUUCAAAUCACCUCCUAACCCAAGAGAAAUUCGUCAAGAGUAAGGACGUCAUUAAGUCAAAACCAAAGCGAUCUCCUCGGGGAUUCGUGGCAGUACAAGCAACCCAUUCUCUUAACCAUAAAAAUAACCAGCACAGAUCGUCCUCCCCAUACAUUUGUACCGUCACGGACUUCUAAAAGUGGUGACAUCCUAAGAAUUAGGCGACUGCGCCAGCAUGGUUGUAGGCAGCGAUUUUGGUCUAAAUCAGACACCGAGCCCGCGGAAACUGGUCGCGUGUAUUCGUGAGGUGCGCUUUCUGUGGCAAUGAAAAGGAUCGAUGCGGUUUCCGUGGUAACGGCACCGUCAGAGAGGCCGGAACUACGGAUGGUGGUGGACAGACAGCAUCGGGCACGAAGGUGAUGCAGUAACGAAACUGCCGUCGCCGACGUCGAAGACUCUUGGCUCCCGGAGGUGUACACUCUGUACCGCGUGUGCGUGCGUGCGUGUACUUCGAAUAUUCUUCACGAUCAUUCCGUCUGCACAACGUCGCUUCGAGACGGCGAUCAUCAUGCGGAGGCGGCAAACCCUCCGCUCCAGGACACCAGGAACGCGAACUUGUUGUGCCAGGACGACGAUCAGAGGAUGCACGAGGAACCGUUGCGUCUGGAAAAGACGAAGAUCCGCCUGCUGCGACGAUGGAGCGACAUGCCACAACACUUGCAGUUCAAUCCUCAUAUCCGCACCGGAUACAGACCUCUCAUGACCGUCUGUCAGUGUCUUGGCAGUUUAUUCUACAUCCACAACGAGACCGUUAAUAUUAUGACGCAUGGAUUCGCCAUUUUGUACAUGUUAUUGACGAUCCCACAACUUCUUCCAUGGGAUACCAAAAAUAUUCUCGUAGCAGUUUUGUCUUGGUGCCAUUUAAUCGGUGCCGUUAGUCCGUGGAUCGGAUCCUUCGUUUAUCACCUCUUUAUGAAUUUAAACUAUGAUGAAGUCUUCUAUAAAUCACUAUUGAAACUUGACAUGAUCGGCAUAUGGCUGUGUCAAAGUUUUGGAGCAAUACCUAUGAUGGCAGCAACAGUUCAUUGUCUACCUGAUACUUACUGGUACUGCUGUAUUUUUAUCUACUGCUUCCUUAGCAUUUGGGGACUUCUUAAGGCAAUGAACGCGAGAUCCCCUUGGGAGAGAAGACUUUGUUUUGCACCUCCUUUCUUCAUGAGAAUGUUGGUAAUGACUUUACGAUGUUUCGGUAUUGGUGGUGGGUCUCCUGACGCCUUACUUCACAUUGUACUACAAGAUCUCAUAUCGGUUGUGGGAGCAACUAUAGGCGCCUUACGUAUUCCUGAGAAGUGGAUCCCAGGCAAAUUGGAUCUAAUGCUGAAUUCUCAUAACCUGAUGCACGUGUUGGUUGUCUUGGCAGUUUGUUCGAUGCACGCUGCAACUCUGAAAGAUCUCGCUUGGAUGUCUAAUCCAUCUACGUGUAAUAGAGCGAAUAUCGUUCAGUUGAAACACGAUGAACUGUGAUCGAAUGGUAUGCGGGUAUGCGUAAAAGUUUGUCAAUGAAGUCUGUGAUAAAUCGAGCCUACGCCAACCGCCGGUUACUUCUGUAGGUACUCUGCUUAAUCGACGAUCAGAAUGUUUCGCG